CUCUCCACCUCUCCCUCGCAAAGCAGCUUCACGCUCGCUUCCUCUUCUCUCCUUUCUCCCAAGACGACGUCGUUAAGUCCUCCCUUGUCGACAUGUACUCCAAAUUCUCCCUCCCUCUCUACGCCCGCGCCGUUUUUGAUUCCAUCUCGUCCUUUAAUAAGGCCUCUUGGACCGCCAUGAUAUCGGGCUAUGCACGUAACGGUUUCAAGAACGAAGCUUUGAAGCUAUUUCGAGAAGCUCCCAAGAGGGACUUGUUUGCUUGGACUGCUUUGAUUUCGGGGUUUGUUCAGAGUGGGAACGGUGUUGAUGCAUUGCACCUGUUUGUGAAAAUGCUUCGUGAAGAGGUUGAGAUUUUGGACCCUUUGGUUCUCUCUAGUGUAGUUGGGGCUUGUGCUAAUUGUGCUCUUUGGGAGCUUGGGAAGCAAGUUCAUUGUUUGGUGAUAGGUCUUGGCUUUGAGUCUUGUGUGUUUGUGAGCAAUGCGCUUGUGGAUAUGUAUGCCAAGUGUAGCGACCUUGAUGCGGCCAAGGGUGUGUUCUUUGGGAUGUGGAGGAAGGAUGUGGUUUCUUGGACUUCUAUUAUUGUUGGCAGUGCGCAGCAUGGAAGAGCUGAGGAAGCAUUGGCUCUGUAUGACAGCAUGGUUUUGGCUGGUGUUAAGCCGAAUGAGGUGACAUUUGUUGGAUUGAUUUAUGCCUGUAGUCACGCUGGUUUGGUUGGCAAGGGCCGCAAAUUGUUCAGGUCUAUGGUUGAGGAUCACGGAAUUAGGCCUUCGCUGCAGCAUUAUACAUGUUUGCUUGAUCUUUUGAGUCGAUCAGGUCACCUUGAAGAGGCUGAGAAUCUUGUACGGGCGAUGCCAAUUACCCCUGAUGAACCUACUUGGGCUGCUUUACUGAGUGCUUGUAAGCACCAUGGUAAUGCCAAGAUGGCGAUUAGGAUUGCUGAUCAUCUAUUGAGCUUAAAACCUGAAGAGCCUUCCUCCUAUAUAUUGUUAUCUAAUGUUUAUGCUGGGGCUGGUAUGUGGGAAAAUGUUUCAAAGGUGAGGAAGAUGAUGAUGGUAAUGGAAGUUAAGAAACAACCUGGGUAUAGCUGCAUUGAAUUGGGAAAGGAGAGCUAUGUGUUUUAUGCUGGAGAGACGUCUCAUCCGAUGAAGGAUGAGAUUGCAGCUUUGAUGAGGAAGUUGGAUGAAGAGAUGAGGAAAAGGGGUUAUGUUCCUGAUACUAGCUCAGUUUUGCAUGACAUGGAUCAGCAGGAGAAGGAAAGACAGCUUUUCUGGCAUAGCGAGAGGCUGGCUCUAGCUUACGGGCUUCUCAAGUCUGUUCCGGGAACUAUUAUCCGUAUAAUUAAAAAUCUUCGAGUUUGUGGAGAUUGUCAUACUGUUCUGAAGCUCAUCAGCACCAUAACAAGCAGAGACAUUUAUGUUCGUGAUACUACAAGGUAUCACCAUUUCAAAGAAGGGAAAUGUUCAUGCAAUGACUUCUGGUGAAUUAGGAAUUCUGAUUGAGAUUCCUCAAAUUUUGAUGUUAGCCAGGGACCAUGCUAUUAAGAAUUACUUGUGGGUCUUGAUUGCAGUUGCUGCAGAAUUGUGAUCCUUGUGAUGAUCAUUAUGAGUUAUAUGACUAUUAAAGGUGAAAUUUGCAUUUGCAACUUGAAGCCUGUUCUGUUAAGCAUUAUGAUUAUGCUGCAGCAAGUUUCAUGAUUGGGAGUCACAUUGAGAUGUUGGUCAUGGCCGUGUUGCAACUGUAAUAUUGCACACAUGUCACACUAUAAGUCCAUAAUUUGAGACAUCAAGAGCCGAAGUUGGAACCAUCCAUCUGAUAUUGGUUUUUGAUUAAACUUGGUGGUAAUGGCCUCUCAAUUGAAGUGAACAACUGAUUUGAGAAAAUAUAGAUUGCUCUAUACCUCUCCCUAGAACUCUUGGAACAAAGGGCAACCAGAACUCAUUUCUCAUCACAUUCAAUUAAUUUUGUUUACUAACAAUGCUUCUCAUUUGAGCUGGCAUAUUGGAGUUGCGAUUCAAGUGAGCCAAACACAUGUUCUUUUGUGAAACUUCAAUACUAAGAAAGGUUGAUGGAGAAGAAUUGAGCACAAAUACAGAGACCAUAAUUUAUUUCAUUU